UCAAACCGACAGGAGCGCACGUGUCUUACCACGAAAUCAGCCCCGGAAAUUCCAGCCACCGGAAGUCUCGUUGAUUCUUUGCAUUCUCCGACCAGCGGCGGGAUAACGGUGUUUGUUUAGGUUACUACAAAAGCUUUUACUUUUGACGUCUGAAUUUCAGUCAAAUGGGAGACAGCGAUGAUGAGUUUGACAGGAGGAGGCGCGACAAGUUCAGGAGAGAGAGGAGUGACAUGGAGCGGUCCAGAGAGCGAGAGGAGAGACGGAGGGACGACUGGCCUGACAGGGACUGGGACCGUGGUAGAGAGCGGAGGAGAGAUUACGAUCGAGGUCGCAGGGAGAGAUUUUCUCCACCCAGACACAUCAGCCCUCAGCACAAACGCAUGAGACGAGACUGGGACGACCACCGGGGUGAACCUUACCACUACGAUUUGCCUUAUGGAGGAGGUGGGGCCCCAUUCCUGGGAGCAGGGCCUCAGGCUUGGCAUCCGGACCUGCCUCAUCUACACCCCCCCCACGGAGCUCACCUGUUACAGGGCAGGCUGGGAAUGGUGGAUCCAGACCUCCCUCCUCCUGGUCCCCCUGUAAUGAGGAGCUUUAAGGAGUUUCUAUUGAACAUGGAGGACAGUGUCGAUGAGACAGAAGCAGUGAAGCGCUACAAUCAAUACAAACUGGAUUUCAGGCGGCAGCAACUUCAGGAUUUUUUCCUCCAGCAUAAAGACCAGGAGUGGUUUCGCUCCAAGUACCAUCCUGACGACAUUUCAGCAAGGAAGGCAGAGUCUCUGUCCGCUCUCAAAACACGGCUCAGCAUUUUCCUCUUUCUGCUUGAUAAUAACUGGCUGGACAAUGUGUCGCUGGACAUGGACCACGGCGCUGCCAUCAUUAAACUACUGGAUGCUGCUGUAAUAAAGAUGGAGGGAGGCACAGACUUUGACUUGCAGGUCCUGGAGGCUCCAACCACUGCAUCCGGUUGUGUGGCCAGCAGCAGCGGUGUUAGUGAGAGGAGGCAGGGAGAUUCCAGUGCUGCUAUCAUGAGCAUUAACACUGGACCAGAGUUAACAGCUGGUCGGACAGAGGAUUCUACCAGAGGAGAAAUGGACCACACAAAACACUCUAAGGACUGUGGAAAACAGGCCAAGCAGAAUGGAGCGAAGCAGAAGGAUGAUGAGGAAGAAGAGGAAAUGAAGGAUGAAGAGGCGGAUGAAGAGGAGGAUAAGAAGACCAAGAAGGGCAGGAAGAGAAAACGCAGCGUGUCUGCCGACAGCGGUGAGGGCAGCGCCUCUGACUCUGACUCCUCCCACUCUCAUGGAGAAAAGGGGGAGGAUGAAGAGAAGGAGGAAGAGGAGGAGGACGAAGAGAAUGAGCGCCAUAAAGAACGGGGAAAGGAAAGAGAGAAGGAGGCGCCAGUGAAGCCCCGCCCCCUCCACCUCACCACCUCCCUGUUCAUCAGAAGCAUCCCACCAGAGGUGUCCAAGGACGAGAUCACUGCUUUGUGUCGCAGGUACCCUGGCUUCCUGAGGGUGGCGCUGUCCGACCCUCAGCCUGAAAGGAGGUUCUUCAGGCGAUGCUGGGUGACGUUUGAUCGCAGCGUCAACAUAAAGGAAACGUGUUGGAACCUCCAGAACAUCAGGCUCAGAGACUGUGAACUUGCUCCGGUGGUCAACAGAGAUCUGUGUCGCCGCGUUCGCAGCGUCAACGGUCUGACGCACCACAAACCGGUGGUGAGGAACGACAUCCGCCUGUCUGCUCGGCUUGUCCACAGUCUGGACCAGAGGGGCGAGCUGUGGGGCGGACAGAUGGAGACCAACCCCGUUCUGAAGAACAUUACAGAUUACCUCAUAGAGGAGGUGAGUGCUGAGGAGGAGGAGCUGGUCGGUGCCUCUGGGGGCAGCAGGGACGAUGCGGGUGACACCAAAGACCCUGCCUCAUCCUCUGACGUUUCCGUGGAGACAGACGAGAAACUACUGAAGGUGCUGGACAGACUGCUGCUAUACCUGCGUCUGGUUCACUCUGUAGAUUAUUAUAACUUCUGUGAGUAUCCUGCCGAGGACGAGAUGCCUCAUCGCUGUGGGCUCAUCCAUGUACGAGGACCUUUACCAGUGGCCAAGAUCACUGCCACCGAGGUCAGUGAACAUCAGAGGAUGUGUGAGGAGCGUCUGGCCCCGCUUCUCUCACCGUCAGAGGCUCUGAGCGAAGACGAAGCUACGAGGUUUGGAAAGAAGGACCCAGAACAGGAGGUGGAGAAGUUCCUGUCUGCCAACACUCAGGAGCUCAGCAAAGACAAGUGGCUCUGUCCUCUAAGUGGGAAGAAGUUCAAGGCUCCGGAGUUCGUCCGUAAACACAUCCUGAACAAACACGCUGAGAAGGUUGCUGCUGUCAGACAGGAAGUACAGUUCUUCAACAACUUCCUGCUGGACACUAAAAGGCCUGCUCUUCCUGAGAACAAGCCCCUCCCUCCAGCUGCACAAGCGGCUCCCCCUGGUGUAGCAGGGUUUCCUGGUCAGUCUCCACAGCAGCAGAGCCUCCUGGGAUAUCCACCCGGAGUCCGGCCUCCGAUGCCGGGCUUUCCUGGUGGACCCCCCUACCCCCCCAACCAGUUUGUGGCAGGACGUGGUAACUAUGACAACUUCAGAGGUCAUUUAGGAGGAGGAGGAGGAGGCUUUCCUGGAAAGCAGCGAAACAGCAGGGGGAUGCGAGGCGACCCACGCUCCAUCAUUGAGUACAGAGACCUGGACGCACCGGACGACCUCGACUUCUUUUAGGCAGCAGUGAAAACAACAGGAUGUUUCUUAAAAGGUUUUUUAUUCCUGCUUUUGUCUCGAUGUCUUUCACCUUCCUGCCAAUAUUUGUUGGUCUUUUUUAUGAUGAGUUAGCGAAAAUAAGGUGUGUGCGUGUGUCUCAGCAGGACCACUGUAACCAUGAUGAUGUUGAUUUUAUUUGUUCCACUUUCCAAUAAAGAUCAAAACGGGAGAGCAAGUCCUACCUGUUUGUUUCUUAUCAUCAUCAUGUUACAGGAAACGGCAGCUUUGCCAAGUCUGAGUCACAGUUAGAGUGACCAACAGGAGGAAUUUGCAUCUCCUCCUACAGAUGUGUAUCAGUCUGGGACUACAGCUACUUAUUUUUGUAUUGGUUUCCAUCCUCCAGAUCUGUUGUCCUCAGCUCAGAGACACAGACUCAUGUUUAAUGAGAAACAGUGACAACAUUUAAUGUAUCAGUAAUAAACUGUUUUUUUAUAUUUUUA